AUGAUAACCGACGUACAGCUGGCCGUCUUUUGCAACAUUUUGGGUGUCAGUCUCUUCUUCCUAGUCUUUCUAUUUCAUUAUAUAAACGCCAAUUAUUCGAAAUAAACGUUAUAAAGAGGUUAAUGCAUACGACCGUAACCUCAAAAACUUAAUGGCAGAAGAUAUUCGCUAUAAUGGUUUCAAAAAAAGUUCAUACGUUUCCACGAUGUAUAUUAAUUUUUAAAAUACACCAGUAACAUAUUAAA